CAUAAGUCUAAUAUGUCAACUAAUUAGGAAGCAAUAGCUACAUUCUAUUCACCCAAAUUUGAAUAACAGUGCUAUCUUUGUCAACAUGGUUUACAUGGCGUAGAACAGCAGACUCAUUCAACAGGAAUCAUUGUAGGUGAACCUGUCGGUACUUAUAUCAUAAAUUAUUGUAAUAGUUGUUUAUUCAACGCCUGAAGUAUUGGUUGCUCAAACUGUUGGUUAACCUAUACCUGUAAAAAGAGGAAUUUCUCAAACCAAUCAAAGAAAUGUCUAAGUCACUACUCCACAGAGAAAUAUAUCACAAACAAAUUAAAUUAAAAAUAGCCCAACUCUCAUAUAAUCUUAAGAAAUUUAACAUAAUCAACCUAAACCAAUUGAAUAUGAGACAAGAUAAACUUAUUAAAUACCUAUUGAAUAGUAAGUUGUUUAAAAAGCAUAACUUCACAACUCGUAAUAAAUUUCAACCUUUUAUUCUGGAAAAUAUGAAGAACAAUGUUAUUUAUGUCAACAUGGUUUGCAUGGUUAAGAAGUCACCACUACCACACAAAAUAAUGGUAUCGUAUGCUUUUAAUUGAUUAGUUGUUUACUAAACACCUGAAGUAAUAGUUUCUUAAACUGUUGGUUAACCCUUGACUUCAAGAAACACCACAACUGUUUAAAACUUUUCACAACUCAUUAAUACCCCUCCCAAAAAUAAUUUCAUUUAAUCUCAAUAGCUUCAACAAUCUCCAAUUCAGAAUAUCUAAUUAAAUGUACCCUAAAACUAAUAAUAAAUUAUUUCUACGACAACCCAAUAAUUUUAAUAGUCUCCAGUCCAAAAUAUACAACUUAACGUUCAACAAUCUCAACUCAUUCCUUAAAUGAUAUAAUAACCGUAAGUCUAAUAUAUACCAUAAGUGUAAAAUUAUUAGGUCACCAUACCAUAAAAUAUUAUCAAAGAGACUACAAUCUAAGAAUAAUAAUACACAGCUUAAGAGUAGAUUGAAAUGUAUUGGAGGUACAAGGUUUAUGAACUUUAAGAGAGAGUUUAUGAAUUGAUGAAUUAGAUUAGUCUUCAAAAGUAAGGUAGUCUGUAACAUCAAAGAACCGGGUCUCAAGUCAAGAAAAGCACUGAAGAUUCAUUCAAAGUACUCUCCUAUAAAAUUAAACUAGGUUGAAUAAGCUAAAUAAGAAAUUUUGCAAUUAGAAAGCCAAGUCAAGGUAAAACAAAAGACCAGUAUAGAUUUAAGAAAUAAGCUCAAUCUUAUGAUCUAUCGAUAGGAUCCUACUGACGAAGCCACUAAAUUUAAGGAAUAAGAGCUAUAGCAGUUAAGACAAAAAUAUAACACUUUAAAUUUUAAACAUUAGAGCAAUGUAGAAGAUAUUGCAAUGACUCAAGCCAUUAUAGAGGCCAUAAAAAGUGGAAAGGGGUACAAAUUAGUGUCUGUACGAGAACAAUAAUAAACAUCAAGCUACAACAAAUCCAGUCAAGGGCAACAGUAAUAUAAUUAAAUUAUAUGA